CGGAAACAAGUUUCUGUCGCAAUGCAUGAGCCGCAAAAAUGUGGAAUACUUUCGCUUGUCUUUUGCAUCAUUCUGUGCAAAACUUGUGCUUAUCCCAGAUACGUGACUGACUUCGUGUUUCCCCCGGCAGAUGAGAACCAGAAUCUUUUGGAACCAAUUAAUAACGGCAUUAUCAAUUCAAAGAAUUUCGAUUUAUUACAUGGCAAAUGGUUGGUGAGCGAAAUGAAAGAUCUGGACAAGUGCCGUAACUUUAAUAACGUUAGUCCUUCCGGACACGUUCGAUUGAUCUAUAUCAGUUACGCGAAUGUGGCCAAUCCCCUGGAGAGUUUAAAAGAAGCUUUAUAUCACGACCUAAAAAUUCCUAAAAUUGGUAAUACACUAGAAAUUGUUAAGCGAGGAAGAAAAAGAAUAGUUUUUGGAAUGCCAAAUGCCAUGUUUGCAUUAUUUAUCUUGCAAAGAUACUGUCUUCUAUAUCAUAAAAGUGGACAUCUUAAUUAUGAGAUUCUUGGUGCUGAGGAAGAUUAUUAGAUGUUCGAGAAUAAUUGUAAUCGUUCAAAGUCAAGGUUUAUUUAUGAAAAAUUAACACAAUUAACAAGUUUAUAAUAAAUAAUCUGGAUUUUUCUUUUCACAGAUUGAGAGCAAGUUUCCCACUCAUUUGAAUUUAUAAAUGGAAUGAACUCAUUCUUAUGGAGAUCAGUUCAAGUUAUUUUUAGCAUAUUACUUGUAUCGUUAGUGUUGACGAUAUGACUGUUGUUUGGAUAUUGUAUAACGUUUAGUUUACAAUUCAAUUACAUGACACAGAUAGGGCUUGAUAAGAUUGUUUUAAAAUUGUGCUUUAUAAUUACUUUAAGGUGUUGAUAAUAACCCAGCUAAUGCUAAACAUCAAAAGAUUCUAUGUAAAAUAUUUAUUUAUUUUAACAAUUUACAUAAACAAAACGUUAAAAGCUUA